AACGCACACACUCUCUCUCUCUCUAACCCACAUUCUCUUUAAAACUCUCUCCAUGGCAACAACAACAACAACGUCCUUGUCCUACCUCUGUAUCGUCGCCCUCUUCGCCGUCCUCGCCAUCUCCGAAGCCGCCGAUUUCUUGGUUGGGGGGAGCUCAAAUGCUUGGAAGAUUCCGACCUCGGCCUCCGACACCCUCAACCAGUGGGCCGCGGCCAACCGCUUCCAAGUCGGCGACUCUCUCGUGUGGAAGUACGAAAAGGAGAAGGACUCGGUCCUUCAGGUGACGAGAGAGGACUACUUGAGCUGCAACACAUCGAGCCCGAUAGCGGAGCAUAAGGACGGGGCCACGGCGGUGAAGCUCGCGCGGUCGGGCGCGUACUACUUCGUGAGCGGGGCCGAGGGGGCGUGCGAGAAGGGCGAGAAGGUGAUAGUGGUGGUGAUGGCGGCGAGACGGCGGUGGGAUUGAAGGGAGCUGCUGUGACUGCUGUGCUUGUUUUGGGGGUGGUGGCGGGAAUGAUUAUUUGAACUUUGUUUUUGAA